AUAAACAAGAUACAAUAGGAAUCAAGAACCAACGGUAAACCUAAUAAUAGCUUAAGGCACCUAGCUAGCUUUAGAAGCGAGUAAUGCAAUGUGUAAGCACGCGGGUAGUUUGUGUGUCAUAGAGCAUGAGUCCAAUAGCAUAGUCUAAAGCCAUAAAUAUUUGCAGGCACGUGUCAUGAUGAGAGACUUCAACGUGAACCCCAAUCUAGAGUUCAAGUAACCAGAACACGGAGGGAUGUUGGAGUCAUGAGUCCAAUGCAGCCAAGACUCUGAUGCUUUGGCUGCAGGUUCAAUGAAUCUAAUGAAUGACGUCGUAGCAUAGUACUUGGGAUGUUAUGACUGAUGCCCGACACGACAGUUAUAAUGGUUGGACUAUGGGUUGUUUGCCUUUUGUUAGACUUAGUUUAUGGCUCGUGUUGCCUGUGACACUUGUAUUUAUGAGCCAGUCUUUUGGUAUGUAUUUAAUAACUAUGUAAAAGUCUUAAACAGAUAGACAGUAAUGGCUCUUUUUGUUGUAAUUAACUGUUAUUUAUAGAUGCACCUUCCUCUAUAUUGAUAAUGUUAUUAUGUGUUAUCCGCUGCGUAGAUGGAACUCUGAUUAUUAGGUACAUGUUAUGGAAUGUGUGCUGUAUGUUGGCUGAACGACAUGUAGUCGUGCCACUGUGAUGACUCAUUAUAUGUUUAAAAAAAAAAAAAAAAAAAUGGGUCGUCAUACUGGUGCCAUGGAAGAGGAGAACUCUUACUUGUCUAUGAGUUCAUGCCCAAUGGAAGUUUAGAUUCACAUCUUUUUACACAAGAUAGCUUAUUGAUCUGGGCAAUGAGGUACAAAGUUGCUCAAGGACUGGCGUUAGCGUUGCUCUACUUGCAUGAAGAAUGGGAGCAAUGCGUUGUGCAUAGGGAUAUAAAAUCAAGCAACAUUAUGCUUGAUUCAGAUUUUUAACGCUAAACUUGGAGAUUUUGGGCUAGCUAGGCUUGUGGAUCACUUGAAAGGGUCACAAACCACUGUUUUGGCAGGCACCAUGGGCUACAUGGCUCAUGAAUGUGUCACAACCGGGAAGGCUAGUAAGGAGUCAGAUGUCUAUAGUUUUGGAAUUGUCGCUUUGGAAAUUGCUUGUGGAAGAAAACCAAUCAAUCCCAAAGCCCCUGAAGAUCAAGUAGUCAUGGUGGAUUGGGUUUGGGAACUUUAUGGAAUAGGAAAGGUACUUGAAGCAGCUGAUCCAAGGCUAGGGGGAGAUUUUGAUGAGAAACAAAUGGAGCGUUUGAUGAUUGUUUGGCUUUGGUGUGCUCAUCCGAAUCGAAACCUUAGGCCUUCAAUAAGGCAAACAAUUCAUGUACUCAAUUUUGAGGCUCCAUUGCCUCUUCUUCCUUCAAACAUACCAGGGCUACCACGUCUUGCUUCUGCAAUGAAUAGACUUGCAAUGUCACUUUCUAUGUCUAGUGGUUCUAAUGAUUAUGAUGGAGGACAGAAUCAAAAUUCAAGCAAUAGUUACACCAAUUCCUCUUUGUUCACCUCAUCCUCUACAACUUCUCAAUCCACGUCACUUCUACAUACGCGCUAAAUUGGUCAGAGGUACACUUAACUUGGGAUUUUUAUUGUGUUGAUUAGGUGUUCAAUUUUUUUCGUAUUUCUUUGUGUUUCAUUUCUCAUUGUAGUUUAAGUAAUGCCCAAAAUGUUUUAGGGUGUAAAUGGUAUACAUAUGUAUGUGUUUUCUACCUUAAAUAUGAACUUCGUACAAAACUUGUAGACAAC